AUGGUCAGCAUGGAUUUCAGUGGCAUCAGUUGGCUUUUUGUGCUUGCUGUGUCGACGGGCAAAGCGAUCGUCUUCCUGGCGACCUUCCUGCUCGGCCUGCUUCUGCUCUCCAGUGGUCAUCAUCGCAACGGACGUCUUGGACUGGCCGCUAUCUGCGCCCUCUUCGUCUCCCAACAAAACGACGUCGCCCUGGCAUAUCCCAUCUGUAAGUCGCGACUGCCUGCAAGCCUCUUUCGGCGUGUAUUCAUGAACAUUCACGUAUCAAUGCCCGUGUUCUGCUGCGUUUUUGGCGGCUUGUACCAUCCUAGACUGCCAUCGGAGGAUGUGGGGGGAAAAAAUUUUAUACUUUUCGUCGACUCUUGA